GAAGGGCAAGAUUAAGAGGGGGGAGAAAAGGAAAGUGAGAACUUGGAGAGAAUAUUAAGGUACUGUGAACUGAGGAAGUCUUCAACUAGAGAGAGACAGACAGAGAGAGAGAGACAGACAGAGAGAGAGAGAGAGAGACAGACAGAGAGAGAGAGACAGAGAGCGAGACAGAGACAGAGAGAAACAGAGAGAGAGAGGGAGACAGAGAGAGACAGACAGACAGAGAGAGAAAGAGAGAACAGAGAGAGAGAGAGAGACGGAGAGAAACAGAGAGAGACCGAGACAGAGAGAAACAGAGAGAGACCGAGACAGAGAGAGAGAAAGAGAGAACAGAGAGAGAGAGAGAGAGAGAAGAAAGAGAGAACAGAGAGAGAGAGAGAGACUGAGAGAAACAGAGAGAGACCGAGACAGAGAGAAACAGAGAGAGACCGAGACAGAGAGAGAGAAAGAGAGAGAUGGAAUGCAGAAUUAACACAAACUAAAGGAGGCCAGGACGUUAAAUGACAGUUGUCUGGAGAAACUAGGAUUCGUGACUUCAUCACAGAUCACCCACUCUGACAGCAACAACAUGGUUGGGUUAAGUGUAGUGGCGGUGGCUGGCUGUGUGUGUGAAUGUCUGUUCCCAUGGCGCAGCGGGAGACAGGCGGCACCAGCCCGGUGGUCCGGCAGAUAGACAAACAGUUCCUGGUCUGCAGCAUCUGUCUAGACCACUACCACAACCCUAAAGUCCUGCCCUGCCUGCAUACCUUCUGUGAGAAUUGUUUACAGAACUACAUCCCUCCAGAGUCUCUGACGUUGUCGUGUCCUGUGUGUCGACAGACGUCCAUCCUACCAGAGAAAGGAGUAUCCGCUCUACAGAACAACUUCUUCAUCACUAACCUCAUGGAGGUCCUCCAGAGGGAUCCAGAGUGUUCGAGGCUUGAAGCCUGUAGUGUCCUGGAGUCAGUUAAUGCUGCUGCUGCAGGAAAACCCCUCUGCUGUCCCAACCACGAGGGCAAGGUGAUGGAGUUCUACUGCGAGUCGUGUGAGACCGCCAUGUGUCUGGAAUGUACAAAGGGAGAGCACAGAGAGCAUGUGACCGUCCCUCUGAGGGAUGUCCUGGAGCAGCACAAAACCCAACUGAAGACACAGCUAGACGCCAUACGCAAUAGACUGCCCCAGCUAACAGCAGCUAUAGAACUGGUAGGGGAGAUCUCCAAGCAGCUGACAGACAGGAAGAACGAGGCGGUGACAGAGAUCAGCAGUACCUUCGAGGAGCUGGAGAGGGCGCUACAGUUCAGGAAGACAGCCCUCAUCAAUGACCUGGAGAACAUAUACAGCGCAAAGCAGAAGGUGCUCCAGGCCCAGCUCUCCUCUCUCCUCCAGGGGAAGGACCACAUCCAGAGCAGUUGUAGUUUUACCGAACAGGCCCUGAGCCACGGCAGUGCCACAGAGGUACUGAUGGUGCAAAAACAGAUGAGUGAGCGGGUUUCUGCCAUGGCCCGUCAUGACUUCCCUGAACGGCCUCACCAGAACGCACAUCUGGACUGUCAGGUGGAGACAGAGGGCCUGCGUCGCUCCCUCCAGAACCUGGGCGUCCUCAUUACUACGGCAGCUGUAGGCCACACCUCCGUCGCCACGGGAGAAGGACUACGCCACGCAGCAACCGGACAACAUGUCAGCAUCACCGUGACGACCAAAGACAAGGACGGCGAGCUGGUGCGGACAGGGAACGCGGCGCUGAGGGCCACUGUCACGCCGGUUGCCGACGGAAGCCGCGGCGUCACGGAACCGGAGGUGACAGACAACAAGAACGGGACGUACGAGGUGGGAUACACGCUACGGUCCGAGGGGGAGUUCUCCUUCGCUCUGUCCCUCUACGGCCAGCCACUACGGGGCAGUCCCUUCCGGCUGCAGGCGGUCAAGCCCUCGGAUGCGCUGCCGUCUCCGGAUGACGUGAAGAGGAGGCUGAAGAGUCCUGGCGGGACAGCGGGUCAUGUCAGACAGAAGGCUGUGAGGAGACCCUCCAGCAUGUUCAGCAUCAAAAAGAAGGAGAACCCCAUCGAGGAUGAACUCAUCCACAGAGUCGGUACGCGAGGGAGAGAGAAGGGCGAGUUCACCAACCUGCAGGGGAUCUCAGCCUCCAGCAACGGCAGAGUGGUGGUAGCAGACAGUAACAACCAGUGUAUACAGGUGUUCUCCAAUGACGGGCAAUUCAAAAUGAGGUUUGGGGUCAGAGGUCGGUCGCCGGGGCAACUGCAGAGACCCACUGGCGUUACCGUGGAUAUGAACGGUGACAUCAUCGUGGCCGACUACGACAACCGAUGGGUCAGCAUCUUCUCCUCCGAUGGGAAGUUCAAGAAUAAGAUCGGGGCGGGGCGUCUGUUGGGCCCUAAGGGCGUGGCAGUGGACAGGAACGGACACAUCAUCGCCGUGGACAACAAGGCGUGCUGCGUCUUCAUCUUCCAGUCUAACGGGAAGCUGGUCACCAAGUUCGGCGCCAGGGGGACGUCCGAGAGACAGUUUGCAGAAAAAAGUGGUGCCCAUUUAAAUAGAUCUGGCCCAGUGUUCAGUCCACACUUUGUUGCGGUGAACAACAAGAAUGAAAUCAUUGUCACAGAUUUCCACAAUCAUUCUGUGAAGGUGUACAGUGCGGACGGUGAGUUCCUGUUUAAGUUUGGUUCCCAUGGCGAGGGGAACGGCCAGUUCAAUGCCCCCACCGGAGUUGCCGUGGAUACCAAUGGGAACGUCAUCGUGGCCGACUGGGGCAACAGCCGCAUACAGGUAUUUGACAGCGCUGGUUCCUUCCUGUCCUAUAUCAACACAUCAGCUGACCCUCUCUACGGCCCCCAGGGUCUGACCCUCACCUCUGAUGGACACGUGGCCGUAGCCGAUUCUGGAAACCACUGCUUCAAGAUCUACCGCUACCUACAAUGAUAGAGAGAUGGAAGGAAAGAUCGGGAGGGAGAGAGAGAGAGAGAGACAAAGAGAGACAGAGAGAGAGAGAGAGAGAGAGAGAGAGAGAGAGACAGAGAGAGAGAGACAGAGAGAGAGACAAAGAGAGAGACAAAGAGAGAGAGGCAGAGAGAGAGAGGCAGAGAGAGAGAGAGAGAGAGAGAGAGAGAGAGAGACAAAGAGAGAGAGAGAGAGAGAGAGAGAGAGAGAGAGAGAGAGAGAGAGAGAGAGAGAGAGACAUGGAGCCAUGGCUGACUCUUCAAAGGUUUGAGGGAUGGAUGGUAGGAGGGGUGGACAGAUGGACCCACAGAACAACUGCUUCAAAGCCUACUGCUUCCUACAGUAGGAUGGAUGGAGAGUUGGACCGGACCACGGUUCUUAUACUGCUUCCUACAGUAGGAUGGAUGGAUGGAUGGACCGGACCACGGUUCUUAUACUGCUUCCUACAGUAGGAUGGAUGGACCGGACCACGGUUCUUAAACUGCUUCCUACAGUAGGAUGGAUGGAUGGAUGGAUGGAUGGAUGGACCGGACCACGGUUCUUAUACUGCUUCCUACAGUAGGAUGGAUGGACCGGACCACGGUUCUUAAACUGCUUCCUACAGUAGGAUGGAUGGAUGGAUGGACCGGACCACGGUUCUUAUACUGCUUCCUACAGUAGGAUGGAUGGAUGGAUGGAUGGACCGGACCACGGUUCUUAUACUUCUUCCUACAGUAGGAUGGAUGGAUGGAUGGAUGGACCGAACCACGGUUCUUAUACUGCUUCCUACAGUAGGAUGGAUGGAUGGACCGGACCACGGUUCUUAUACUACUACCUACAGUAGGAUGGAUGGAUGGACCGGACCACGGUUCUUAUACUACUACCUACAGUAGAGGGAGCCAGUUGGGACUCUCCCCUGCAGUAGGAUGGAUGGACCAACCACGGUUCUUAUACUACUACCUACAGUAGAGGGAGUCAGUUGGGACUCUCCCCUGCAGCUUUACCAGACAAGGGAGAACUGAACUCCCCUUUGGGAGGCUGGAGUGGAAUGGAAAAUACGACUUUACCAAUCAGUGAAUGAGUGACAACAGGAAAGUUAAUAUGUCCAUACUCUAUUAAACAGUGUUAAUAUGUCCAUACUUCACACCCUGGUUGUGUCUAUUCCAUUGGGGACCACUUUGUAAACAAGUGGAAUCGAUUUAGCGUGUUAUUAUCCCCUUGGGUUGUGGUCAGCCAUCUUUUACCCAUAAAUCUAAAGGAGUGUUACAUCCGCCAUUUUGUGCGAUCUAUAUAACCUUAUAUAGAUGUACAUCAUGUAUAUUUGUUUUGUGUGUAGAGGUAUCUGAAUACUUUAGAUCAAUGCACUAUCUAGGUACGCUAUGUAGAAGAGCUCAACCACUUCACAAGAUACUGUAUGUGAGGUUGAACUGUAUGAAUUGCAAAUAUCAAGAGCACAAAGUUACACACAUUUCUAUUUAUGUUCUUUUUCUAAAGAACUUAAACAAAGGACUUGUUUGUUUAAAACAUUUUUUUUUAUUUCUACAUGAUUUUAUCUUUUAACAAACAAACAAACAAACAAACAAACAAACAAUGUUUUUAAAUCUAAUUUGCUGCUGUUUAGAUGUCCUCCUCUUCUUGGCCUCGGGUGUGUCCCAAUAAUUCCUCUUUCUUCCUGAAGUGUGCACUUGUUCGGGCUAAAGUGAGUUACCGUUUACCGUACCAGUCAUGUCCUUGUAAUAGAGUGGACGUCCCCCGGGAAAUCAAAUCAAAAUCUAAUCAAAUCUAUUUAUAAAGCCCUUCGUACAUCAGCUGAUAUCUCAAAGUGCUGUACAGAAACACAGCCUAAAACCCCAAACAGCAGCAAUGCAGCAAGCAAUGCAGGUGUAGAAGCACAAAUGAGUCUGUUUAAACUAGAGAUAUCUGUAUUUUUUUGCUUGGGCUGCCUCUCAAUCCACCACAUCCGCCAACGUCGGCUGUCCACAUCUGUGGUGGAAGGUGGCAGAGCUACAGCAGUGUUUGUCAGACCAGGAGACAUCCCCAAAAAUCGAACUUCUCGUGAAAAGGCCUGUAGUGUUCGCACGGAAAGCUGAGACUCUCACAAAUGCGUUGGUGUUCUCCGUUUUGCUCUACUAGCUAUUUUGACUAGCUGUUUUGACUAGCUAUUUUGACUAGCUGUUUUGACUAGCUAUUUUGACUAGCUAUUUUGACUAGCUGUUUUGACUAGCUGUUUUGACUAGCUAUUUUGACUAGCUAUUUUGACUAGCUGUUUUGACUAGCUAUUUUGACUAGCUGUUUUGACUAGCUAUUUUGACUAGCUGUUUUGACUAGCUGUUUUGACUAGCUAUUUUGACUAGCUGUUUUGACUAGCUGUUUUGACUAGCUGU